CAUAAAAAAGAGCUUAUUCUUCCUCCCAAUCUACUUUUCAUAUACAGUGUGUCAUGUCAGAAAACCUUGUACCAUCCUCAGGACUAUAUACUUGUAUUUCCUGUAAAGUAGCCUUUGAAUCUGCUGAAACUCAAAGACUUCAUUACAGAUCAGAUUGGCAUCGGUAUAACUUGAAACGAAAAGUAGCUGAUCUACCACCUGUCACUCGAGAACAAUUUGAACAAAAAGAUCAAGCUCGAAAGGAAGAAACUGAAAAACAAGUAGAAAAGCCAGUAUUCAAAGGUUAUUGUGAUGCUUGCAGAAAAUCUUUUGGAACUGAAAAUCAAUACAAUAAUCAUAUUCAAUCCAAAAAACACAAGGACUCGCUAGCCAAAUAUGUACCUCGAGCAAAAAAGAAUCAAGACAUAGUACAAGAAAAACCAUUGGAUAUGACCUUUACUGAAGAAACAACAGAAGAAGAAAUCAUGUCCAAGAUUGAUGCAAAAAUCAAGGCUGCUCCUCGUUUGACUGAAAAAGACUGUUUAUUCUGUCAACAUGUUUCUAUUGAUUUUGAGGAAAACAUGACUCAUAUGACAAAGGUACAUAGCUUCUUUAUACCCGACAUUGAAUUCUUGGUGGAUUUACAAGGAUUGAUUCGAUAUCUUGGUGAAAAGAUCAGUGUGGGAAACAUUUGUUUAUUCUGCAAUGGUAAAGGAAAAGGAUUUUCAUCUAUGGAUGCUGUUCGAAAACAUAUGACUGAUAAAGGACAUUGUAAAUUGGCCUAUGAAGAUGAAGAUGAUGCUGUGGAUUUAGUGGACUUUUAUGAUUUCUCUACUUCUUAUCCUCAACCGGAAGAUGGUGAAACUGUAGAUAUUGAUGAAGAAUUGACUGAACUUACAAAUCAACUUCACUUGGCAGAUGAUGAAUUAUCUUUGGUAUUACCUUCUGGUGCUGUGGUAGGACAUCGUCAUAUGAAACGGUACUACGAUCAAAAGUUAAGACCUGAAGAAACACGCGAUUCUAUUUUGAUUAACAAAUUGAUUGGACAAUACUCUGAUUCUAAUGUAUUUGAAUCCUUACGCUCAUUCAGUUCAAGUCAUCAACGAAGAAUGAUCACGGAUGGAAAACGAGGCGUAAUAAAAUCAACAGAGGCAUUCAAGGAAAAACGGAUUCAUCAAGAUUACAAGACAAGGGUGGGAAUGCAAGCAAACAAGUUACAAAAGUACUUCCGGGAACAAAUUAUUUAGAUUAUAGAUAUUUCUUUUUUUUUUCUUGUAUUUUUUGUUUUCUAUUAGUAUUAUCAUCAUCAUCAUCAUCAUUUCUUCAUUAUUAUUGUUUUAUUUAUUUUUUUUUCUAUUUUUUGG